CUGUGGGGUAUCUACCUGGUCAGCGAGAACAAGACCAACCUCGAUGACCUCGUCCACUUCACGCUCCGCGAAUGGUCUCGCUUGUCGUUCAACGUGACUGAGGCUGAGGUGGAACGGGCCAAGGCUCAGCUGAAGGCUUCCAUCCUCCUCUCUCUCGAUGGAACCACCGCGAUUGCCGAGGACAUCGGCCGCCAGAUCAUCACCACUGGCCGCCGUCUGAGCGCCGAGGACAUUGAGCGGGCCAUUGGUCGCAUUACUGAGAAGGAUGUCAUGGACUUUGCUCAGCGGAAACUGUGGGACCAGGACAUUGCCAUCAGUGCGGUUGGCCCCAUCGAGGGUCUACUGGACUACCAGCGCAUUCGCAACGACAUGAGCCGCAACAUGAUUGGGUUGAUGCCCAAGAAAAACUUCAAAAAAUCUCUUGAAUUAGUAAUCAACUGCGAUGUCAGUGACUGUCCUUUGAAUGAUCUCCCAGCUUGGAAAGGCGAUAUUUGUGCCACCCCUCCGUGGACGGCAACGUUCACCAAGCAGGUCUUGUGUCUGAAUUUCUGUCCUGCCUGGGUGGAUGAGAUUCAUGGAUGGACCACGUUUAUGCAGUGCCAUAACAAAGGUUAUGAUUGCGCAACAUCUACGCCAGAGCCUCCCCGUUCCAUAUCUACCCAAUCUAACCGCGCCGUGACACCUUCCGUACUGGGUAGGGUAUAUGUGCAUAGCGGUGUAGCCCCUCCCUUUUCCUCUGGUGCUAAUUAUAAAUUCAUCAGUCAUCUUGCCUGUGUACUCUACUUGUCUGGAAUCAGCCUACCUCUGACGUCAAUCAAUCCGUUAUCCGAACCUUCUCUUCCAGACAUACCGCUUCCAUUGACAAGCGUCGCUGUUAGAGACAAUAUGCCAGGAAACAAGGCUCUCAUUUUCAAGAAGGUCCCUGAAGGCCUGCCGGUUGCUGGUCGGGACCUCACCGUCGAGCCGGUCCCUUACGACGCCAGUUCUCCUGCCCCCGAAAAUGGCGUCUUGCUGCAGUCGCUCUAUGCCAGUUUUGACCCGUACUUGCGCGGUCGCAUGCGCCCAGCCCACGUCAAGUCCUACACUCCCGCCUUCGAACUGGGCAAGCCCAUCGAGAACAGGGUCAUUGCCAAGGUCCUCAAAUCGGACAAUGCCAAGUUCAAGGAGGGCGAUCUCGUGGUCGGAAUGCUUCCGAUUCAGGAGUACGUUGCACUGACCAGCAUUGAGAUCGAUGCUCGCGGCAUCGAGCACCUCAACAAUCCUCUGGGCAUCGAGGACAUUCGAGUGUUCCUGGGUGCGCUGGGUAUGCCGGGACUGACGGCCUACUCCUCCCUCUACGAGAUUGGCAAGCCCAAGAAGGGUGAGACCAUCUUCGUGUCUGCUGCCAGCGGUGCAGUCGGUCAGCUGGUUGGCCAACUCGCCAAGCACGAAGGACUCAAGGUUAUUGGUAGCGUCGGGUCGGAUGAGAAGCUGGAGUUCAUCACCAAGGAGCUGGGCUUCGACGGCGGGUUCAACUACAAGAAGGAGAAGCCGGCCGACGCUCUGAAGCGCCUGGCCCCGGAGGGACUGGAUAUCUACUACGAGAACGUGGGUGGUGAGCACCUUGAGGCGGCUCUGGACGCAAUGAAGAACCACGGCCGUGUGAUCGUGUGCGGUCUGAUUUCCAGCUACAACACGCCCAUCGAGCAGCACUACCCACUGCGCAACUACAGCUACAUCUUGACGAAGAGACUGACCGUGCGCGGUUUCAUCGUGUACGACCAGGGUAUGGGCGACAAGUACGACAAGGAACACCAGGAGCGCGUGCAGAGAUGGAUCAAGGACGGCACUUUCAAGGCUGUGACGUGGGAGACGCAGGGCAUCGACCAUGCUCCGGAGGGCCUGCUUGCCUUGUUCCACGGACGCAACUUUGGCAAGGCUGUUCUCAAAUUCUAA